CAAUAUCAGUCAACUAAAAAUCAAUUCAAAGCUUGUAAUUUAUUUUUCUUGUUCCACAAAAUGUCUGCCGAAAUUGAGGAAAUGCUGAAGCGUUACCAGAACUAUCCGAAUGUUGUUGGCGUUAUUAUUUUGGACCCCUUCGCCAUUCCCAUCAAGACGACCAUGGAGUACACAUUGACCGUGCAAUAUGCCGCUUUAAUCAGCACCUUGGCCUACAAGGCGGCCAAAAUGGUCACCAAUUUGGAUGCGAGCAACGAGCUGAUGACCCUGCGCCUGCGCACCAAGGUCCACGAGGUGAUUGUGCUGCCCUCCGAGAACUACAUCAUCAUUGUGGUCCAGAACCCGGGCACUUGAUUCCCCAUCCCAUAACAUCCUUUCCAUCCUCCAAUAUACUCGAAAAAACCAUAUACUCAAAGUGUUGGGCCGAAUGCAA